AUGUCGAUCGGUUCCAGUGAUCGACACUCUCCUUCCAAGGAGGAGGAGGGUGGCAUUGCUACUCAGAGCGAUGGUCCCACCAACGAGCGAUCUGUCCCUUAUGUUAGUGAGCAGACCGAGAAGCGUAUUCUGAGGAAGCUUGAUCGACGUAUCAUUCCUUGUGUCUGCUGGAUCUACCUCAUGAACUUUAUGGAUCGAGUUAGUAUCGGUAAUGCUCGUCUCUACGGUCUCGAGGAGGAGCUUGGUCUCACAAGAGAUCAAUUCCAAAUCUGUGUCUCGAUUCUCUUUGUUACCUAUUGUCUGUUUGAAACUCCUUCCAAUCUUAUCAUCAAGAAGCUGCAGCCUGCCCGAUACAUUGCCGGUCUCGUCUUCUUCUGGGGCAUUGUGGCCAUUUGCACCGGCUUCGUCAACAACUUUGGCUCAAUGGUUGCUUGCCGUCUGCUGCUCGGUUUCUUUGAGGCUGGUCUUUUCCCUGGCAUCAUGCUGUACCUAACCACCUUCUAUCAUAAGAAGCACAUCUCACUUCGCAAUGCCUACUUCUAUUCCAUCUCUGCCAUCUCUGGAGCUGUCGGUGGACUCGUUGCCCUCGGUAUCGGUGAGCUUGACAACUGGGAUGGCGAAAAACAGGGUGCUGGUGGGUGGCGAGCCUGGCGAUGGAUUCUCACCAUCAACGGUAUCCCCACCGUCCUGACAGCCGUCUUCAUCCCCUGGAUCCUGCCAAACACUCCCGCAACUGCCAAGUUCCUGACUGAGGAGGACCGACAGAACCUCUUGGACCUGCGAGCAGCAGAGAUUGGUCAAACAACGUCUGGUCAAGAGAUGCACAAGGAAGACGUCAUCGCCGGAGCCAAGGACUGGACCAUUUGGGCCCUCUCUAUUGCUCAGUACUGUAGUCACUCUGUCCUGUACAGCUUCAGUGUCUUCUUGCCCACCAUCAUUAAGCAGAUGGGUCAAUGGACCGACAAGCAAGUUCAGGGUCUCACAGUCCCUGUGUACGCCGUGGGCUUCAUCACCUAUCUGAUUUGUGCCAACAUCAGCGACCGAACCCAACAGCGAGGACUUUUCUGUAUCGGAGGAGGUCUGACUAUGAUUGUCGGCUACAUUCUUCUGAUUGCCAACCAAAGCACUGCCAUGAGUUACGCUGGAUGCUUCAUUGUCGCUAUUGGUCUCUGGACCGGCUCUGGAUCUGGCAUGGCUUGGAUCACUGUCAAUCAGCCGCGAUAUGGCAAGCGUGCCUUCGCUAGUGGUAUCUUCAUCACCAUUGGAAACUCAGCUGGUGUUGCCGCCCCUUUCCUGUUCAGCAACGAAUACGAGCCCCAUUAUCGCCCCGGCUACGGUGCCUCCAUUGGCAUGCUUGCCCUGGCUGUCUGCAUCCACACUGCUGUUUACCUCCACUUCAAGCGUCUUAAUAAGAGAAAGCUUUCUGGUCAAGAGGACUGGCGCAUGGAGGGCAAGACUGAGGAGGAGAUUGCUGAGCUCGGCGAGCACAACCCGCGAUACCUAUAUACUCUCUAG